GCGCUUUCGGCAGUGCCGAGGGGCGCCGCCUCCCCCAUGCCGCCCUCCGGGCUGCGGCUGCUGCCGCUGCUGCUGCCGCUACUGCGGCUGCUAGUGCUGACGCCGGGCCGGCCGGCCGCGGGGCUGUCCACCUGCAAGACCAUCGACAUGGAGCUGGUGAAGCGGAAGCGCAUCGAGGCCAUCCGCGGCCAAAUCCUGUCCAAGCUGCGGCUCGCCAGCCCCCCGAGCCAGGGGGAGGUGCCGCCCGGCCCGCUGCCCGAGGCCGUGCUCGCCCUCUACAACAGCACCCGCGACCGGGUGGCCGGGGAGAGCGCCCAGCCGGAGCCCGAGCCCGAGGAGGACUACUACGCCAAGGAGGUCACCCGCGUGCUAAUGGUGGAAAACAACCAAAAGAUCUAUGAGAAGAUCAAGCCCAGCCCACACAGCAUAUAUAUGCUCUUCAACACGUCGGAGCUCCGCGAAGCAGUGCCCGAACCCAUUUUGCUCUCCCAGGCAGAGCUGCGCUUACUGAGGCUCAAGUUAAAAGUGGAGCAGCACGUGGAGCUGUACGAGAAAUACAGCAAUGAUUCCUGGCGCUACCUCAGCAACCGGCUGCUGAACCCCAGCGACACGUCCGAGUGGCUGUCCUUUGACGUCACCACAGUCGUGCGUCGUUGGCUGAGCCAAGGAGGGGAAACAGAGGGCUUUCGCCUCAGCGCCCACUGCUCUUGUGACAACAAAGACAACACGUUCCAAGUGGGCAUCAACGCAGGGCUCACUUCCCCUCGCCGGGGUGACCUGGCCGCCAUUUACGGCAUGAACCGGCCCUUCCUGCUCCUCAUGGCCACCCCCCUGGACAGGGCCCAGAACCUGCAAACCUCCCGGCACCGCCGCGCCCUGGACACCAACUACUGCUUCAGCUCCACGGAGAAGAACUGCUGCGUGCGGCAGCUGUACAUCGACUUCCGCAAGGACCUGGGCUGGAAGUGGAUCCACGAGCCCAAGGGCUACCACGCCAACUUCUGCCUGGGGCCCUGCCCCUACAUCUGGAGCCUAGACACGCAGUACAGCAAGGUCCUGGCCCUGUACAACCAGCACAACCCGGGCGCGUCGGCGGCGCCGUGCUGCGUGCCGCAGGCGCUGGAGCCGCUGCCCAUCGUGUACUACGUGGGCCGCAAGCCCAAGGUGGAGCAGCUGUCCAACAUGAUCGUGCGCUCCUGCAAGUGCAGCUGAGGCCCCGCCCCGCCCGGCAGGCCCGGCCCCGCCCCCGCCCCGGGGCUGUAUUUAAGGACCAUUAAAGGUGGAGAGAGGACUGGGGGGGACUCUGUGUCAUUGGGGGGUCGGACUGGGGCGCCCUCUGUCUCCCCCCGUCUCUCUCCAGCCACCAUCCAUUGGCCCCUCAUCACAGGAACACUUCUUGAGCACGUUAUGCCUUGAGGGCUCCUCCAGGCGCUGGGAAUGAGUGGUGGUCCCAGUGAGAUCUGUGUAUUAAUUACCUCCUUUAGUCACUGUAACAAUGUCCUGAUAUCUAGGAGCUCUGCUGACACCGAUUUUAAAGGUGAGGAAAACUGAAGUCCAGAGAGGUUAAGAGAACAGGACACAUUUUCUGCCCACCUGGAGCCUGCUCUUAGGGCAGGAGACAGGCCAGUAGAGCAGGGUGGCGUGAAGAGACGCAGGGGAGUGUGAAGAGACGCAGGGGGGCUUCUCUGAGCAGGUGGCGAUGGGCUGAGGCGUGAAGGUGGCCUGGGGGAGGACUGGGGCGAGUAUCCUGGGAGCAGGAGGACAAAAGCAGAGGCCUGGAAGUGGGGCUGUACUUGGGGUGUGCUGGAUAGCAAGGAGAGGCCAGUGUGGUCGGAAGAGGAGCUGUAGGGGUGUGGGAGCUGAGUCAGAUCUGUGACACUCACAGGUUACAAGUGUGUUGUCUUUACUAGCUCAUUCCAUUUGCCCCAAAACCGGAUAGAGCAGGGGUCGACCAACUACAGCCCCCAGGCUAAUUCAGCCCCUGCCUGUUUUGGUGAAUAAAGUUUUAUUGACAGCUCA